AUGGAGGCUGGGAGGCCGCGGCCGGUGCUGCGCUCGGUGAACUCGCGCGAGCCGUCCCAGGUCAUCUUCUGCAACCGCAGCCCGCGCGUCGUGCUCCCCGUGUGGCUCAACUUCGACGGCGAGCCGCAGCCCUACCCCACGCUGCCGCCGGGCACGGGCCGCCGCAUGCACAGCUACCGAGGUCACCUUUGGCUCUUCCGAGAUGCUGGGACAUAUGAUGGGCUUCUGGUAAACCAAACUGAACUAUUUGUGCCAUCUCUCAAUGUUGAUGGACAGCCUAUUUUUGCCAACAUCACACUACCAGUGUAUACCCUAAAAGAGCGAUGCCUUCAGGUUGUCCGCAGCCUCGUCAAGCCUGAGGAUUACAGGAGACUGGACAUUGUGAGAUCACUCUACGAGGAUCUGGAAGACCACCCAAAUGUGAUGAAAGACCUGGAGCGGCUGACACAGGAGCACAUUGAAAAUCAGCGGAUGGAAGAGGAUUUACACUGA